ACCCACACAUUGAUAUGGAGAUGUGGGACUAUAAAUAGGAGGGAUGAAGCCAGCAGAGAUCAGAUUCUCUCUACAGAGACCUCUACAGCACACAGAUCCAGACAUGGCACCUACAAUCACUGCAGCAAUGACCAAUUCUCAGGAGCAUCUCACUCUGACCCACAAGCUCAGAAAGCCUCUGGUGGAGAAAUUACGCAGAGAGCGAAUCAACAGCAGCAUUGAGCAGCUCAAGUCUCUCCUGGGUCCAGAGUUCCUCAAACAGCAGCCAGACUCCAAGCUGGAGAAAGCAGACAUCCUGGAGAUGACAGUGUGUUUCAUGACACAGCUGCAGCAGCAGCAUCAAGCUGUGGACUCAGCAGCUGUCGGUCAGGGCUAUUCCAGGUGUGUCCAACAGGUGACACACUUCCUGUCCAAAGAGCAGGUGAAGACACAGUCCCACAGAAGACUGCUGAACCACUUCAACAAGCUGCAGUCUUCCUCUGAUAACAACCUGACAGAGGCUGACUUCUCUCCUCUGAGCUCCACAGUCCAGACCAGCAUCACCAAAGAACAGAGUCCAGUCAACAGCGCCCUCUGGAGGCCGUGGUAGACACCUACAGACUGGAGUUACUACCAGACAAACUCAGAUGACCAUAUUGGUCAAAGAUUACUGGAAAUGAAUUCUUCUGAAUUCUGACAUUUGAUGAUGAAAAAAAAACGGUAA